UCAUUUGUUUGACAUCAAACCCAAAUAAUAUGAUUUAUUUGUUGGUCUGUGUUCAGGACGAGUCAUUUUURCACUUGAAGUGAAGCCCUUGUCCAGUGCUGGAUCGUGGUCAGUUGUCUCCUCCAAGRUUUUUCGAGCCCCACCGACCACAGAGGAGGUGAUACCAAAGAUGGGGUUGAUGGAGGUGGAGAACUUGUCAUUUUACCCUCUGGUUCUGCCCAUCGUCCACCGGCGCCUGGACUGGACUGAGGACUAACACGGCCUGGUUUCUGAUACAAACUGGAGUGAACAGCAGCAGGACUAAAACAGAAGGAGUUAUCAUCCAAGGUCAUUGAAAAUGUACAAGUUGGUACUAGAGUUGACGGUCCUGCUGGGAGCCAUUGGUUUUAGUUCUGGUGAAAUUCAGAGGCCUGAUUACGACGACACGCCCAACCCAGAGUUCCUCAAMCCUUUCUGGAUGGCCUGCAUCCCUGACGAUAGGCUGCUGUCUCAGGUCACCAUGCCAGGAACCCACAACACCAUGGCCCUGUACGGAGGGGUGUAUUCCGAGUGUCAGACCUGGACUCUGGCUUCCCAGCUAAGGGCCGGCGUCYGUUUCCUAGAUGUCCGUUUGCGUUACGUCAACGGGAACCUCAUCCUCCACCAUGGAGUGUCCUACCAACGAGGACACUUUGGCCACGUUUUAGAGGCUGUGGUUGACUUCCUGCACGAAUUCCCAACUGAGACGGUGCUGAUGCGAGUGAAAGAAGAGUUCAGUCAGACUAAUAACAUCUACGGCGCUGUGGUAGACUACAUCCAUCGCUACGCUCACUGGGACCUGCUGUGGCACAGCCGACUGGUGCCCACCAUGGGCGAGGCCAGAGGGAAACUCAUCAUCCUGCAGAACUUUUAUGGACCAGRCCUGGGGAUGCGCUAUGAUUCUUUAGACAUAGCUGAUGAUUGGAGGGUGCCAACACUUGGGUAUUUGGAAAAGAAAUGGCAGAGUGUCCACAAACACCUCGAGGCUGCACCUGCAGGAAACAUGGAGCAGAUUUUUCUCACCUUCAGCAGUGGGGCCGGUGUGUUUGCACACCCCAGGGCUGUUGCUCUGCGCAUCAACCCCCAACUGUAUGAGUACCUGCAGGCCAAGACGGACCUGAACCAGCGUUUUGGAAUCAUAUGUAUGGACUUCCCUGCUGCUCCUAUAAUCCAAAUGAUCAUUGACUUCCAACUCAACUAAAUGAGGAUUUGAAACAUGCUUUGGCUGAUCACCGGGGAGCUGGUGCCAAUUUCCAGUGGCCGUGCAAGUCAAGUCAAGCAGUAUAUUUAUUGUAAAAAUAGCAACUAGUAGGAAUAAUCACAUUUUAUUCAACUGCAAAUCUAAAUUUAACCUUUUUAUGGAUGWUUUAUUUGAUUGUGCUGCUUGGAAAAUAUCCUCUACUCACCAAUUAUUGCUUACAAGUUGAAGAAAUUACCUAAAAAAAGGAAAGUUUGGUCAAACAUUUGGUAAAAUGGAAGUUGCAAGGCAUCUGAC